AUGGUGACGUACAGAAAACUGGCUCUGAAAUGGCAUCCCGACAAAAAUCCAGACAACAAGGAGGAAGCAGAGAAGAAAUUCAAAGAAGUUGCUGAGGCCUAUGAAGUCCUCUCUGAGAAGAGUAAACGUGAUGAGUAUGACAGAUAUGGAAACGACAGAAUGGGACACACAGGUCCCUCCAGCUCCGACUUUUCGUCAGAUUUCCCAUUCACCUACACAUUCCGUAGCCCAGAUGAGGUAUUCAGAGAAUUCUUUGCUGGCCAGGAUCCAUUUGCUUUUUUCGAUGACUUCUCAUCAUUUGGAGGCUCAUCCUCUCGUCUCGGCCCCAGUCGAUUCUUCUCUUUCCCUUCAUCCAAAGUUGACUUCACCUCGUUCUCCUCUUCAUUGGGGGGCCUGGAUGGGAUGGAGAGCAUGGGUGGAGGGAUGAGCAACUUCAGAUCAGUCUCUACCUCCACUCGCAUCAUAAAUGGAAAGAGCACCACUACCAAGAAGAUAAAGGAGAAUGGGCAGGAGAGAGUAGAAAUUGAGGAGGAUGGGGUGUUAAAGAGUGUCCUAAUUAAUGGCAUGGAAGAUGAAAUGGCUCUGGCUUUAGAGCUAAGCCGACGAGAGGGAAAGUCCCAUCCCUCAUCUCAGAAGGCAAAACUUCUGAACAGAUCGCCUGCCAAGUCCGACAGAUCCUGUCCUAGCCGUCAGCCCGAGGCCACACAUCGGUCAUUCAGCUCCGCCCCUUUCUACAAUUUUGCGGGGACUGUGGGAGGUAGCGAGGAUGAAGAAGACGAUGAAGACCUGCAGAUGGCUUUGGCAUACAGCCUGUCAGAAUUGGAAGCACAGCAGAGAGCAGCUGCUACUGACUUCAUAUCAGAUUCAAGCCAAUAUUUCCUCCCACAGAGGAACAUGGCAAAACUCUGCAGCAGGGUUAAAGGGUGUUAAAGGGUGUUCUGAAGAAGAAAUGUGGAUGAAGAGUGAUCAAAUGUAACUGUUAUAGAUGUGCACAAGUAAAAAAUGUGCUUAAUCAACUAAUGUCUAGGAUUGUCGGAGAUCCAGCUUCAUUGUCCUCAAGUGCUCCUUAGAAAAUACUAAAACUCUAUCUGCUCCAGUUGAGCUGUGUUCUGUGCUGAAUUAUAGAAUGUCUACAAUGGGAAACUACAAUGUCCUUCAGGAAACAUAAAAACAUUAAAGGCCCUCUUUAGAGCCGGUGUAUGGUUUGUCUGCUCUGGGCUACUGUAGAAAUAUAGCAGUGCAACAUGGUGGACUCUGCCAGACGAUUUGCUGCCUGUGUAGAAAUCAAGGGCUCAUUCUUAAAAAACUUAAUCAUGAAUAUAUUGUUUCAUUUCUAUUGAUUAAUCCGGCACUGUUUUUUUAAAAUAAAUGCAAAUUGUGAACAUGUUUUGUUUAAAACUGCUUUAGCUGUAGCUACUGCUCAGUAGGGUUACGGCCUGACUAAAAAAACUGCAUCCUUCUUUGUGCUGGAACUCAACAUCCAAGUAGUAGUGUAAAUGAACUGCAGAAUUGUGUGUUUGUUGCGUUGUGUGGCAGUAUUAUAUUUUUCAAGAGUGCGUGCAUGGGUUUUUGCUUUCACUUUUACGGAUGAAUUAUCAUCACUGACAAAACUUAAACACAGCUGUGAGAUUAUAUCAUCAGUUUAAACUAAUUCAGAUUUAUUCUGACUAAUCUGUGACUCAUGUGUAUCCUUUUCUUAUGAUGACAUGUGGAGAGGGAAUUAGGAACAAGGCAAAUGAGUUUUCUUAUAUAGAAAUCUAUAUUAACCUGUAAUUUUGUGCCACUUUGAAGUUUUUACUGUUGUUUUUUUUAUUUUCAGAUUGUUAAAUAGAAAAAUAACAAAUAAAGACUGAGCCAAAA